GCCAGACGUGGCGCAGCGGCCGACUUUGGGUGCAGCCUGCGGAACGUCUCCUGCCAGGCACAGAUGAGCAUCCUACUGUUGCCGCCGCCGCUGCUGCUGCUUCUUGCAGCCCUUGUGGCUCCAGCCACCUCCGCCACCUCCUACCGACCGGAUUGGAACCGUCUUCGAGGUCUGGCCAGGGGGCGGGUGGAGACCUGUGGAGGAUGACAGUUGAAUCGCCUAAAGGAGGUGAAGGCCUUUGUCACCCAGGACAUUCAACUGUACCACAACCUGGUGAUGAAGCACCUCCCUGGGGCAGACCCCGAACUCGUGCUCUUAAGCCGAAAUUACCAGGAACUAGAGCGAAUCCCACUCAGCCAAAUGACCCGGGACGAGAUCAACGCGCUGGUACAGGAGCUCGGCUUCUACCGCAAGUCGGCGCCAGAAGCGCAGGUGCCCCCCGAGUACCUGUGGGCGCCCGCUAAGCCCCCCGAAGAUGCUUCAGAGCGAGCCGACCUGUAGCCCCGAGCCACGGUGGAGCUGGGACCCCCUGCCAGCGCCCCGGAGACAGAAUGAAGCGCUCAGUAUCCCGGGAGCAUCUCUCUUGCUGAGGGCCGACGCUAGUCUCCAAAGCAAUGGAAAUGGGGUGUAUGGGGGGGGAUUCCUCUUAAUCCUCCCUUCCCCCCUCCCCAGCUCUACUAAAUCCUCUUCCUCCA